AUGGACCAACUUGAGUUGGGGUUGCAAGACAUACUGGACGCUUGCCAGAAUCUUAUAGUCUACGAUGAGAAGCUUGACACUGUCAGAUUUGCACACUUCUCCGUUCAGGAAUAUUUGCGACGUCAUCCUGAGUUCGGUACAGAGAUAGGCCAUAAAAGAAUGGCCGAGAUUUGCCUGAAGUCGUUUACAUAUGAGUACGAUACGGAGGUAGAAAGGCUCUAUCUGCCUUAUGACCUCCGGAGAUACACCACCUUCCACUGGGCUUCUCAUGUUCGAUUAUCGGGUCUCCAGGGUGUCGAGGUGUGCAUGGCGUUUUUUAAUCAUUCAGCGGCUUAUGAUAGAUGGAUUGCAAUGCGAGCAAAAGAGUUGGGGCUCGGUAUACCCAGUAUUCCCUCUCUUCUCUGGGUAGCAUGUAAAUAUGGGCUGCAACCUAUUGUUGAGUUACUACUGCAAGACAUGUCGCCAAUGAGCAUCGGGAGUCCAUGUGUGGAAUAUGAAGAAAUAACACCCCUCAUGUGUGCUACGACUGGGAAUCAAAUAGAAAUUGCACGCAUGCUGCUGGCCGUGGAAGGGGUGGAUGUUAACCAACAGGGCUCUGGUGAAGCGACACCACUGUGGAGGGCUGCGGAAGGCGGCCAUGUGGAGAUUGUGCGCAUGCUACUGGCCGUGGAAGAGAUGGAUUUGAACAAGUCGGACAGUAGUGGAGACACACCACUACUGAUUGCUCUGAGAUCACGACAUAGGACAAUUACUCGCCUUUUACGACAAGCAUUAGAACCAAACAUCAACCCCAACCCCACGGUAUAG